AUGCAUCCAGCUCUAAACUAUAGACAAUCUCGAAGAUCGGCCUGUGAUCGAUGUCGCGGCUUCAAAUUGCGCUGUGAGCGCGACCAAGUCAAUGGCCGGUCAUGCGAAAGAUGUCUCAAAGCUCAAGUUAUGUGCACAACUAGCAUCAAUCAUCCUGCGUCUAAUUAUCUCUCUUCAAAGAAUAGAUCUUGUUCAUUCCCAGGAGAAUAUGAUCAAAGGUUCAUGCAUGUGGGCUCUGAUCGACUUGCCAUGCCAGUUCUCCAUAAACCCUCCAUUUCCAAAGUGAGAAAGGCUGUCUCUCCGGGGAAUAUCCGAAGACAUGAAAAUCUUGCGUUCGAAAGUUGGCCAUAUUCUGAUCCUUUCUCUUCUUGGGUAUCUGGAGAUAUGGUUCCAUUUGGAGGAGAUCCUGAUCCCCAGAUGAUGUCCUAUCCUGGCACAACAUUUCCAUUCGAGCAAUGGACAGAGCAACAACCCACUUGGCCUACUAGAAACAAUUUUCCACCGGCACCAGUGGAAGACUUUAUUCUGGAAUCCAAUUAUCGACCUGAUCAUCAAACCUCAGCACCUGAUCAAAUCGUCUCAGUGUCCUCUUACAAUACUCAAGAUGACUCCCAGACAGUUACAACGGCCUCCUUGCCAGAAACACAGAGUCUACUAGGUCCAGGGUCAAUGUCUAUGACAGAUGAUAGCUGGGAAUUCCCUUGGCUACAAACAUCCGGAACUGGUAUUACCGAAGAUGACAAACAUAUGGAGUUUUCGACAGAAUGGACAUUGCCAAAUUUCAACGACCUGCGCAAGAGACUCCUCAAGUUAAACCUCGAAUUUACCGAUGAUCUUGAACUCUUGGAAACCGAAUCUAAGCUUUUCAGGUUCUCGCCAUUUUUGAGGGACAAUAUCAGCUCCUCUGUGAGCAAGCUGGAUCUUCCGAUUUCUCGCAUGCUCAAUCACUCCACUCACUUCCUAGAAAUGCUUCGACCGGCAGCCAACACAUCAGACAGCUCGCAACGCCUCCUUCCGAGUAUUGAGUUCUCCCAUACAGGCCUCGAUAUUUUUGAUGAUACGAAGCCCCUAUCUCUACGUUCUGGAGAUGGUGGGCUAGAAGAAGUCGCGACCACAGCAUCUCAUGAUUCGGGCUACCAUACAAUAUUUACCUCACCGUUGGGUCAAGAAACAAGCACGGCCUUGAAUAAAUACGACAUAUCGACUUCUCUAACGAUUCUUACGACAUAUUGUCAACUGAUAAAGCUGUACCGGAGUGUUUUCAAUCAACUCUAUCAAUUGUUACUUAUUGCUCCACCUGCAGACAUGAGCUCCCUCCUGCUUUUUCCAAGCCUUCAGUUUGGACAAUACAAUAUGGAGGGAAAUCUUGGCAUGCAGGUUCAAGCAUUAGUCGACCUCGUUCUGAACAUGUUGGAGAAAAUUGAAAGAGUUUUAGGAGUGUCUCAAGAUAGCAGCGGGGAUAUGAGUUCAGCUCCAUCCAUCCUGGAGAAUAGUCUUCUAGCCUCCAUUCGAGAUAAUGUGAUAACACAAGAGCAGAUUGAGUGUGGUGUUUCUUUAAAGGACAUACUAGGCUGUCUGAGAAGGCUAGUGAAGGACACAGCGUGUGUAUGA